AUGCCAACAUACCCCAUCCGUCGCCGACCGCGCGAGUGUAAGACCUGUCUACCGUGCCGCGCCAGCAAAGUCCGCUGCGAUCGCAACGUCCCCUGCUCCAAUUGUGUCAAACGCAACUUCACCUGUUCCUACGGCCGACCCUCAUCCAACCGACUUCCCAUCUCUUCCUCCUCCACCACCCCGCUUCAUUCCUCCUUCCUCUCCCCGGCUUUUCCACCCACCUACCCGGGAGCAACAGCGGCAUCAGCAGCAGCAGCGCCACAACCACCGUCGCUGCUCUACGAUGAUACCGAUGCAGUCUCCACCAUCACCGAUCGGCCCUCCCAGGCCAGCGACGAUGCCGAUCUCCCCGAGCUAAUCGACAUGUCCCAGGGCGAAUGGGACGAGAUAAAUAAUAAGAUGGCUGCGAUGGAGCAGAUCAUCGGGAGCUUGAAUUCGAUCUUCCAAUCCCACUCUUCCCGCCGCCGUGUCGAUCAUCACCCACCCCCGCUCCAGCCACCACUGGAGUCGGAAGAAGCGCCGGAGCGCAAAUACUCGUCUCGGUCGGAGGGUGUAUAUGGAGCCAACUCAUCUCGUACCGGCGCGGUUCAUUUGGGAUCCCGUUCGGCGCUGGUCGAUAUCUUGGAUAAAGCGAGGAGCUCAACGGAUAUGGCGCAGGUGCUACCUCAGGAGGAUCUACUUGCGGAUCUUGCGUUGGGAAAUGAAUCGGCUGCAUACCCUUUUGUAGAUCUGUGGUCGUCGGACCCUUAUACUUUCAAUAUUGCGGGCGUGUGUUCGGUGAUUCCCGAGGAUGAUCUGUGUAAACGAUUCUUGGGCUUCUAUAAAAAGAUUGGCGCGGUGUUGUACCCGGUGUUAUCGGACCUAGACGAACUGGAGUACAAGACGAAUUGCUUACUCCAGGGCCGGCGACGCGCGGGAGGUAUCUAUAAGCCGGAUGCCAGUGGGUUAGUCAAACCGUUUGGAAUGGAUUUGCCCUUUCUGAGCCUGCUUUUUGCGGUUCUCGCUUCCGGCUGCCAAUUGUCCGAUAUUUCGGAGCGAGAGCGCGAGUUGACCUCGUGGGUAUACGUUUCUUGUGCAUAUCAAUGUCUUCGGAUGUUGAAUUAUGUUUCGCAGCCCACGGUGGAAGUGAUUCAAAUCCUUCUUAUUAUCAGCAAUGUCUUAUCAUAUAAUAUGAAUGCCGGUGCUUCAUACACUUUGCUAGGCAUGACGGAGCGCAUGUGUCUUGUUCUUGGUCUUCAUGUUGAAUCCACGGGAUUUUCACUCAAGGAGCAGGCGAUCCGGCGCCGCGUCUGGUGGACAAUGGCUUUCCAGAAUAGUCAUUUCUCGCUUGCCUAUGAUCGACCCUCCAUCACCAUGGUCAGCCAACCCGAAAUACCCUUCGAUCGUAAAUCCAUGCCGGGACAUCGAACAUACUUCGAGACCCUGUGUCGCGUGUGCCACUCGCUGGUCGAGCACAUCGAACGAACAGAACUGCGCCUGCAUUCAUCGUACCUCCUCUCCAUCCUAUGUCGUGUCUCCCUCGACCCACACUCCCACUUGGACGAGCACCGCCGCGCCAUAGUCCGCGAAGACUGCAUAGCAAGCCUAAUCGACACGGUCGAUGCAUUCGUAGAACUGCACGAAAUUAACUCCCACUGCUCCCGCUCAUGGAUAAGUCUGCAGCGCUCCAUCGCCUCCGCUUUCCUGCUCGUCGCCAACGACGACAGCACUCAGACCUGGAUCCUAAUCGACCGCCUGGAAACGGUCCUGGCUGACCACGUCUAUGCGGACGGUGACGCGGACCUGAACAACCGCACUGACUCGGCGAAGCAUCUUUCCUCGUCCCUGCGCGCGUUGCGCGAGAUCCGCGAAUCUUUCCGCGCGCGCAAGGUUGUUUCCCUUCCCUCGGCUGGUGUUGGUCCGACGGUCCCGAUCCAGAAUUCCUCGCCUUUGGUGUGGCGCUCGCCGCCUUCCUUCGAAGCCGAGUUGGAGAUCCCGACUACUAUGGUUAUGGGCAGUGAUGGUGCCGGCGUGCCUGUGCCGGCGGCCGCGCUCCCGAUUGAAGAUUGGAGUAUGCGAAAUAUCUUGGGGAGGGUUCCGGAUGUUAUGCUGUUCCCGACUCUGAAUGGGCAAAGUCCGGCGGUAUGA